AUGAACAUUUUGGCGUUGAUUUUACUGCUCAUUUCUGGUCAUAAAACCAGUGCUUUAUCGCCCCAGGAACGGAUCGUGGGUGGAGUAGAGGUGCCCAUUCAUCUUACACCAUGGUUGGCUUCGAUUACGGUGCAUGGCAACUAUAGUUGCAGUUCGGCAUUGAUUACAUCCCAGUGGUUGGUCACGGCUGGACAUUGUGUUCAUUAUCCAGAUAGCUACUCCGUUCGCGCAGGAUCUACUUACACUGAUGGGGGUGGUCAGCGAAGGGACGUAGUGAGUGUUAUCCUUCAUCCAGAUUUCAAACUAAGUACUCUGGAGAACGACAUCGCCUUGUUGAAGUUAGAUAAACCCUUUACUUUGGGAGGAAAUAUUCAGGUGGUGAAGCUACCGCUUCCGGGUCUUAAUAUACUUCCACUAUCCCUCUUGGUUGCCGGUUGGGGCAAUCCAGAUGCCACUGCCAGUGAUUCGGAGCCCAGACUACGUGGCACAAUGGUGGAAGUUAUUGAUCAGAGACGCUGCCAGCGCCUUUACUCCCAUCUGCAUCGUCCCAUCACGGUUGAUAUGGUGUGUGCAGCAGGAGCUGGACGAGAUCAUUGCUACGGAGACUCAGGAGCUCCUUUGGUUCACCGCGGCAGUAGCUAUGGAAUCGUAUCCUUUGCGCAUGGAUGUGCUGACCCACAUUUUCCAGGCGUGUACACUAGACUGGCCAACUAUGUUACCUGGAUCUUCAACGUCCUGGAAAGUGGUUGA